UUCGGCGUGACACGCGUGUGGAGGAAGCGUAGUGACAGGUCUCUGCGGCUGCUACCUUCUGCUCACACAGAACCGGCUCGAUUGUGCUUUAUUUGUUCCCUGUGAAAUGUCGUGGCUGUUCGGCCUGAACAAGGGGCAGCCCGAGGUCCCUCCCGGCUUACCGCCUCAGCCUCCACCGCCGCCGCCACCGGCCGGGGGCUCCGGCGGCGGUGGAGGAGAUAAACCCAAGGACAAAUGGAGUAACUUUGAUCCCACCGGGCUGGAGCGGGCUGCUCAGGCGGCCAAGGAGCUCGACAAGUCCCGACAUGCCAAAGAAGCUCUGGAGUUGGCUCGAAUGCAGGAGCAUACCUCUCAGCUGGAGCACCAGAGUAAAAUGAAGGAGUAUGAAGCAGCAGUCGAACAGCUCAAAGGCGACCAGAUACGCAUCCAGGCUGAAGAGAGGAGGAAAACUCUCAAUGAGGAGACCAAGCAGCAUCAAGCUAGAGCUCAGUACCAGGAUAAGCUGGCUAGACAGCGAUAUGAGGACCAACUAAGGCAACAGCAAGCCAUGAAUGAAGACAACCUUCGCAAACAGGAGGAGUCUGUUCAGAAGCAGGAGGCCAUGCGGAAAGCAACCAUAGAACACGAGAUGGAGCUGAGACACAAGAAUGAACUUCUUCGUAUUGAGGCAGAGUCUAAAGCUCGAGCCAAAGUGGAGAGGGAAAAUGCCGAUAUAAUCCGAGAGCAGAUCCGUCUGAAAGCUGCAGAACACAGACAGACUGUCCUGGAGUCCAUAAAGACUGCAGGUGCUGUGUUUGGAGAAGGAUUCAGGGCCUUUGUGUCAGACUGGGACAAAGUAACAGCUACGGUGGCAGGAUUGACCCUCUUGGCUGUGGGAGUGUAUUCAGCUCGAAAUGCAACAGCAGUGGCUGGACGUUACAUCGAGGCCAGGCUCGGAAAGCCGUCGCUAGUCCGGGAAACUUCUCGAUUUACUGUGGGAGAAGCAAUCAAGCAUCCAGUCAAGAUGGCCAAACGGCUGAAGAGUAAACCUCAGGAUGCCCUCGAGGGAGUAGUCCUCAGUCCUUCCCUGGAGGAACGUGUGCGUGACAUUGCCAUUGCAACAAGGAACACAAGGCAGAACAAUGGCCUGUACAGGAACAUCCUCAUGUACGGCCCUCCAGGGACGGGCAAAACGUUGUUUGCUAAGAAGCUGGCAGUGCAUUCUGGGAUGGACUAUGCCAUCAUGACCGGUGGUGAUGUAGCACCCAUGGGCCGCGAUGGCGUCACCGCCAUGCACAAAGUGUUCGACUGGGCAAACACGAGUCGACGCGGACUGCUGCUUUUUGUUGAUGAAGCUGAUGCAUUCCUGCGCAAGAGAGCCACUGAGAAAAUAAGUGAAGACCUCAGAGCGACUCUAAAUGCCUUUUUGUAUCGCACUGGAGAACAAAGCAACAAGUUUAUGUUGGUGCUGGCCAGUAACCAACCGGAGCAGUUUGACUGGGCCAUAAAUGACCGUAUAGAUGAAAUUGUGAAUUUUGCUCUGCCACGUCUCGAGGAGAGGGAGAGGCUGGUCCGGUUAUACUUUGACAAAUAUGUGCUGGAGCCGGCCACUGGAGGGAGGCAGAGGAUGAAGCUGGCACAGUUUGACUACGGUAAAAAGUGCUCUGAGAUAGCGACACGGACAGAGGGCAUGUCUGGAAGAGAGAUCUCCAAGCUGGGCGUGGCCUGGCAGGCGGCAGCAUAUUCUUCUGAAGAUGGUGUCCUGACGGAGGCUAUGAUCGACGCUCGGGUUGACGAUGCUGUCAAGCAGCACCUUCAGAAGAUGGACUGGCUGCGUGGGGAGGAGGAGGCCAAGAGUCUUACACCUCCACCAGCUGGGGCGAAAAGCAGUGGAGGAAAAAUGGGUUUUAAUCUGCCCCUCAGCGAGGCACCUCAGGCUCAGGAGGUGAUCGCUCCUGUCCUUGAGGUUAAUGUAAAACGAGAAGGCAUCAGCCUCACGGCAGGGGGCAAAGGUGCUGGACAUAAUUGCAAUGAUGCUGCCAAAGCAGAAGCUAAGACAACAGCAGAGAGUUUAGGCCAACCUGGUGCCUCCAAUGACAGUGAGAACAAGAUGAGAGAAGACAACCAGACUGGAUCCUCUCCUCCUAAAGAUGGAACUCCAGUUUGAGUUAGAUUUUUCAAGUGGUGCUGUCUGGAUAGGAGAUUUUAGUGUUCUGCCUCUUUAGCUAGAAAGUUUUACUCUAAAAGCCUGUUGGACUGUCUUUAUGACAGAAGAUGACUUCCUAACGUUAACCAAUUAACUUCAAAAAAAGCAAAUGAUGCCUGAGACUUUUUCAGUGUGAUAUGUAAUGUACACAAUGUAAAAGUUUACUUUACAUGGAAACCAGUCGCUGUCUGUAAUUACACUAUAUAAAUGUUGUAUUAAUUAGUGUGUCUGUUGAAAUAAUGAAAU